GCAACACUGUCGAAAGGACGACGACAAACCGACAAAGAUGGCGACCGCGCGUAAUUCGUACGUUCGCAUGUUCGAGUUGGUUAUAAAAAACGUGUUUUAAUUAAGUAAAUUCCUAGUUAUGUUGAGUUGAAAUGCUUUAUUUUCGUCCUCUGAUGGUGGAAAAGUGUUCGUCAUGGAAACUAAUGAAGACGGAAUCGAAGUUAAAGAGAUAGGUUACCGAGAAUGUAUAAUGCCAUUCCGAGUUUCAAAUUCUCUGGCUCCACUCUGGGAUCAUCGGAUUUGCGGACCAAGUAGCAUCAUCCGUCUCUGUCCGUACGGGAAUCCGAUUCUGCUGAUCAGAGAUAAAGCGCUCGGUGCAGGAUGGAACUUAUUGGAAGAGAAAAAGCAAACGACGAUAACAUCCUCUCUGACGGGAUUAGUCAAUUUAGAUUCAAAAGCGCUCGACGGGAGAUUCGACAUACUGCUGCAACAUUUGGAAGGAAACGGAGGUGCACAACCAUCCGUUUGCGAUAUUGUCGUGCCAAUUAAAUUUCUGAAAAAGUCAUGCCACGAUGACUUUACGGAUGAAGAUUUUUUAAAUGAUGCAGACGCUAUUUGUCGGAGAUGCCGUAGCGAUUCUCCCAUUGUACCGAGUGACUUUGUCAAAUUGAGAAUUUGCUGCGCAAUUCGGGGUCCCAGCUGCCUAGUGUCGGCAAAAAUGGUGGCGCCAGACAUGGAAUUCUUGGCUGCUCCCAUUCCUCGGAUUCCCAUCUUACAAACGGCCCUAUCCAACAAGUUGCUAAAUUCGAAGAAUGAAAUGCAGACGGGAUUUGUAAGUAUGGACAAGACGAGAAACUUGGUGAUGCUUUUAGAGAACGAUCCGAAAGUUUUCAGAUUUCCGAUCGUCGGAAUAUGGGUUAGUGGCAUUCCUAACAUUUUUCAUCCAUUUGUUUGGGCUUCCUGUUUACGUUACAUCAGUUGCUUGAAAUAUUCAGAAAGAUUGUGUUUUCCACCUGAAAUGUUUAUCGUUAUCCUCUAUUCUUCCUUAUACGACAAUCCAGAAUUUUACGACUUUGUCACCAGAUCUGGAACUUGUCGGUUAUCAUACGAUUUGUAUACCGGAUCGACUGCAACAUCGUUGGCAAGGGUUCCCGUGGUGGAAAGCAAGGUGACGAAGAUCGAACUUUCCAAGAUUGCCGAUAGAACUAAGUUGGAAUUUUUGAACGCUACGGAGGAAAGAUUAAAAGAAAUGAGUGCAGAGAAGAACAAGAAAGAGAGAGAACGUCGCAUUGCCGAUAAUGUUGACGUGCCACAAAUCUGUCCGCAUCCCCAGCAAAUAAGGAUCAUAAAUCCCAAACCGACAGUACCCGAUUUGUCUUUGUCGGAUAGCAUCGAUCGACCGCUCUUGGAAAAAAACAGUGCUAGAAAANCAAUUAGAUCAGCAGAGCGCUGGAUCCAGCAGGCCGAAAAAUGCGCUGGAUCCAGUUGGAUUGCUGGAUGA